GGUCGUUUUUCGGCAGUGGAACCAUCGAGAGCAUUGCCGCUCAUGUGCAUGCUUCACACACCAUGGGCGUACCAGUGGAGGCAGUAUUCGUAAAUGCUGCUCUCUCAGGCGUGCAGCAACGGAAUCUGGAGGCGGCAUGGGGCCUGCCGGUGGUUGACAGAGUAGGGCUGAUCAUUGACAUCUUUGGAGCUCGCGCCAACACACGCGAGGCCAAGCUGCAG